CGUAGUCGCCGCCACUAGUUUCCUUGCACCGGACCCGAGGCUGCUUCCCGCCGUUCAGGACGACACCAUGAAGAUCAAAGAUGCCAAGAAACCCUCCUUCCCUUGGUUUGGCAUGGAUAUUGGAGGAACGCUGGUAAAGCUCUCGUAUUUCGAACCUAUUGAUAUCACAGCAGAGGAAGAACAAGAGGAAGUGGAGAGUUUAAAAAGUAUCCGCAAGUAUUUGACUUCUAACGUGGCAUAUGGAUCCACUGGAAUUCGAGAUGUGCACCUGGAACUAAAGGAUCUAACCCUUUUUGGCCGAAGAGGGAACUUGCACUUUAUCAGAUUCCCAACCCAGGACCUGCCUACUUUUAUUCAAAUGGGAAGAGAUAAGAACUUUUCAACUUUACACACGGUGCUAUGUGCUACAGGAGGCGGUGCUUACAAGUUUGAAAAAGAUUUUCGCACAAUUGGAAACCUCCACCUGCACAAACUGGAUGAGCUUGAUUGCCUUGUAAAGGGCUUACUGUAUAUAGAUUCUGUCAGUUUCAAUGGACAGGCAGAGUGCUAUUAUUUUGCUAAUGCCUCAGAACCUGAGCGAUGCCAAAAGAUGCCUUUUAACCUGGAUGACCCUUACCCAUUACUGGUUGUGAACAUUGGUUCGGGAGUCAGUAUUUUAGCAGUUCAUUCCAAGGACAACUAUAAGCGAGUGACUGGAACCAGCCUUGGAGGAGGCACCUUUCUCGGGCUGUGUAGCUUAUUGACUGGCUGCGGAAGCUUUGAAGAGGCUCUUGAAAUGGCAUCCAAAGGGGACAGCACACAAGCAGACAAACUUGUCCGCGAUAUUUAUGGAGGAGACUAUGAAAGAUUUGGUCUGCCAGGUUGGGCUGUGGCAUCUAGUUUUGGGAAUAUGAUUCACAAGGAGAAGCAAGAAUCGGUUAGUAAAGAAGAUCUGGCAAGAGCUACUUUAGUUACCAUCACCAAUAACAUUGGUUCUGUGGCGCGGAUGUGUGCUGUUAAUGAGAAAAUAAACAGAGUUGUCUUCGUUGGAAACUUUUUACGUGUCAAUACGCUCUCAAUGAAACUUUUGGCAUAUGCACUGGAUUAUUGGUCAAAGGGUCAAUUGAAAGCAUUGUUUCUAGAACAUGAGGGCUACUUUGGAGCAGUUGGUGCACUUCUUGGGCUGCCAAAUUUCAGCUAGAACAUCAGAUUUUUUAAGCUAAUGCCAUGUAAGAGGAACUGAAAAUCCAAGGCAUUGUUCCUGCAUUGUCUGUCACUGGAAGCCAAAUGAUAGCGAUCCCGUUGAUUUUCAAAGCUGUCAUCAGCCAGCUGCUGGAUGUUGCCAUAAUGAGAACUGUGAAGUAUUUCUAAUCAAAGUGCUUUCUCCUGUAUAUAGGCACUGUUCCCUCCUUCCUGCAACGCAGCCGUGGAUGGUGGAGCUUCCGCUCCACAUUUUCUUACUGUAGGCAACAUUGCAGUACUAUGCUUAAACAAAAUCUCCAAAUCUCAAAUGUUUUGCUUAAGAAAAGAGCAGGUUUUGAAUACUUGCUAUGACUGUUUUAUGUGUGUUCUAUUUACUGGUGAACAGUAAUAUAAUCAGAAAUUAUUCAAAGGUAAUCAAAUUGUGUAAUUUUAAAAAUGUUGAGCCAUUACUCAUUAUUUUUCCCCAUUUUCCCUCCCUAAAGUCAUAGUUACAUGCUCUUUUCCCAGACAUAUAAUCCCAAAGGCCAUAAUAUAAUUGACAUUAUUACAUUUCAGCCUGAAUUGAAAAUGAAUUCUAGAAAUGCAUCUAUUUUGACAUAGCACUUUCUGUAUUCUAUUAGUUAUAGCUAAUCAAUACACUUUAAAAUGUUAUUUAGAAUUUGGAGAUUUUAAUUACUUGCUUGAGUAUUUAAUUGGCUCUAGGACUAUUGUAAUGUGGCUUGAAUGAAUCUGUAGGAUCAAUUUUUGUUUCCAUAUCAUCCCAAACUUAGUCAUUCCUAUUUAUUAGGGCUCAACCAUUACAUCUAAAGACUUGUAUUAUGAACUAUAUCAACGGAAUCCUCUUUGUUCUCAAAGAAUAGUACAGAAAAUGCUUUGCUUUGAUACUUAGUGAGAAUUAUGAAAGGAUCAGAGUUUCGUGCACUCUGGUAAUAGAAGCGUUACCAUUUGAAAGUUUGUAAAUCUACUUGACUUGUAAAGUAAGCUCUUUUUCCUUAGCCAGUCUAUUUGACGGCCAGUGGGUUGUUCUGGUCUAUUACAAUUUUAGGAAGAAGGACUUUGAAAAGAAUUGCUCCCAUAAAUUACCAUUAAAUCUGGGUGUGCUUUAAGAUAUUUUUAAUAGUUUACAUGAGGAAAGGAAUAUUGUGUUGUGUUUUACAGGUCACAGUUUGCUCAUGCUCUGUUAGUGGAGAGAAAUUUCUAGCAGAGAAAUUGUAGAAAAAUGCUCUAUAAAAACAUAUUUCCAUGUA